CAUCUUAUCAACGAAAAAGAAAAAUUAACAAAAGAGUUAGAGAGAGAAACUAACAACUUCUCUCAUUUUCUCUCUCUAAAUUCACACAACACAAACUCAUCAAUCUCUCACACAAACAAACAAACACUGCACAAGAGAAGAAAAUAAAAUAUCUAGAGAAAUUUUCCGGGAAAAUUUUCAGUUUCCGGGAAAAUUCAGCUCCGAGAAAAUUCAGGAUAAGGACCAUGGCGACGCCGUUAACGGGGCUGCAGCACUUGGACGGAGGGGGAGGAGUGGCAGUGCUGUCGAAUCGUGUGGCCAGGGUUGAUUCUUCCUCCUCCUCCUCCGUCUCCGGCGGUGGCUUCGACCGUUCCCUAUUGGAAUCGCCAAUUCUCAUUUUCUGCUUCUUCCACAAAGCGAUUCGGAGCGAGCUCGACGCGCUGCAUCGAUUGGCCAUGGCUUUCGCCACCGGGAACCGUGAUGAUAUCCAGCCACUGUUCCAGCGCUACCAUUUCCUUAGAUCCAUGUACAGACACCACACCAAUGCUGAAGAUGAGGUGAUUUUCCCAGCUCUAGAUAAACGAGUUAAGAAUGUAGCACAGACAUAUUCUCUUGAACACAAGGGGGAGAGCGAUCUAUUUGAUCAUCUAUUUGAUCUGUUAAACUCUUCCAUCCACAACGAUGAAAGUUUCCCAAAGGAGUUAGCAUCCUGCACGGGAGCUCUGCAGACAUCAGUUAGUCAACACAUGGCUAAGGAGGAGCAGCAGGUAUUUCCACUUCUUAUUGAGAAGUUCAGUCUUGAGGAACAGGCAUCCUUAGUUUGGCAGUUCCUGUGCAGUAUUCCUGUGAAUAUGAUGGCAGAAUUUCUUCCAUGGCUUUCAACAUCCACAUCACCUGAUGAAUCUCAGGAUUUGCGGAAGUGCUUAAGCAAGAUAGUGCCGGAGGAAAAGCUUCUUCAAAAGGUUAUUUUCACCUGGAUGGAAGGGAGAAGUAGUGCCGUUACAGUUGAAAAUGGUGUAGAUCAUUCUCAGGUCCGAUGUAAUCCUAGUCCUUCAACCCAUCAGAAUGGGAAGAAAAAUUGUGCCUGUGAGUCCACAGCGACUGGGAAAAGAAAAUAUUCUGGAUGUAUCCUAGAUGUUUCUGAUACAAUGGGAACACAUCCUAUAGAUGAAAUACUGCUUUGGCAUAAUGCUAUAAAAAAAGAAUUAAAUGAGAUAGCAGCAGAGACCAGAAGAAUACAAAGCUCUGGAGAUUUUACUAAUCUGUCAGCUUUUAAUGAAAGGUUACAAUUCAUUGCUGAAGUUUUCAUAUUUCACAGUAUUGCUGAGGACAAGGUUAUUUUUCCAGCGGUAGAUGGAGAGCUUUCUUUCUUUCAGGAGCAUGCUGAAGAAGAAAGUCAAUUUAAUGACUUUCGGUCUUUGAUUGAAAGUAUUCAAAGUGAAGGAGCAACAACUACUUCGGAAGCUGAAUUCUAUUCCAAGUUGUGCUCACAGGCUGAUCAUAUAAUGGAAACCAUACAGAGGCAUUUCUGCAAUGAAGAAGUUCAGGUUCUUCCCCUUGCACGGAAGCACUUUAGCUUCAGAAAGCAACGUGAACUUGUGUAUCAAAGCUUGUGCCUGAUGCCUUUGAAAUUGAUUGAGCGUGUUCUGCCAUGGUUGGUUGGAUCGUUAACCGAAGAUGAAGCAGAGAUGUUUCUGAAAAACAUGCAAUUGGCAGCUCCAGCAACAGAUUCUGCUUUAGUCACACUCUUUUGUGGUUGGGCUUGCAAGGCUCGUAAAGAUGGUAUGUGCUUGUCUUCCAGUGCAUCGGGUUGCUGUCCUGCUAAAAAUACUUGUCCUUCUGCAUUGUCUGGAAGAGAUUGUUCAGUAUUAGCUGAAUCAAAUGGGACCCAAAGACCAGUCAAGCGAAACAUAUUGGAGUUGCAGAAAAAUGAAGAUGUCCUCAAGACUCCUGAAAUUGAAAGUAUCCAGAAAAUAUGUUGUAGUGCCCAGCCCUGUUGUGUGCCAGCUUUAGGAGUCAGCAGUAACAAUUUGGGGUUGAGUUCACUUUCUACGGCCAAGUCCUUACGCUCCCUGUCUUUCACCUCUUCGGCCCCAUCUCUUAAUUCUAGUCUUUUUGUAUGGGAAACAGACAGCAGCUUAUGUGCGGUUGGCUCUGCAGAGAGACCAAUUGAUACCAUAUUUAAAUUCCACAUAGCUAUACGCAAAGACUUGGAGUAUUUAGAUGUUGAAUCUGGGAAGCUUUGUGAUGGUGAUGAAACAAUUAUUCAGCAAUUUACUGGAAGAUUUCGUCUUUUGUGGGGUUUAUAUAGAGCUCAUAGUAAUGCUGAAGAUGAAAUAGUAUUUCCUGCAUUGGAAUCCAAAGAGGCACUGCAUAAUGUGAGCCAUUCUUACAUGCUGGACCAUGAGCAGGAAGAAAAAUUAUUUGAAGAUAUUUCUCACGUUCUUUCUGAGCUUUCUGUCCUUCAUGAAGACAUGCAGAGAGCCCAUAUGUCAGACGAUUUUAGUAAAAGUAAUUUUGUAAUUUCUGAUGCCAAUGAUAGUGAUAAUAUCAGAAAGUACAACGAGCUUGCAACUAAGCUUCAAGGGAUGUGCAAAUCUAUAAGAGUGACCCUGGAUCAGCAUAUUUACAGGGAAGAGCUGGAGCUCUGGCCAUUGUUUGGGAAACAUUUCUCUGUGGAAGAACAAGACAAGAUAGUGGGCCGGAUAAUUGGAACUACAGGUGCUGAAGUUCUCCAAUCAAUGUUACCAUGGGUAACUUCUGCACUCACACAAGAUGAACAGAACAAAAUGAUGGACACGUGGAAACAGGCAACUAAGAACACUAUGUUCAAUGAAUGGCUAAAUGAGUGCUUGAUAGAGAGUCCAGCAUCUAUAUCGGAGACAGAAACAUCAGAGCAUAGUACUUCUCAAAGAGGUGUUGACUAUCAAGAAAGCUUGGACCUGAAUGAUCAGAAGUUUAAGCCUGGUUGGAAAGACAUAUUCCGGAUGAAUCAGAAUGAACUUGAGUCAGAGAUCCGGAAGGUUUAUCGUGACACGACUCUUGAUCCAAGGCGCAAGGAUUAUCUUGUGCAGAAUCUAAUGACAAGUCGCUGGAUAGCUGCCCAGCAGAAGUUACCUAAAGCUGUAUCUGGAGAAUCAUCUAAUAAACAAAUAGAAGGAUGUUCACCUUCAUUUCGGGACCCAGAGAAACAAAUAUUUGGUUGUGAGCACUAUAAGAGAAAUUGCAAGAUUCGAGCUGCUUGUUGUGGGAAGUUAUUUACAUGUAGAUUUUGCCAUGAUAAUGCAAGUGAUCACUCAAUGGAUAGAAAAUCAACAAUGGAAAUGAUGUGUAUGCAGUGCCUGACUGUACAGCCAGUUGGGCCUGUGUGCAUGUCACCUUCAUGCAAUGGACUUUCGAUGGCAAAGUAUUAUUGCAACAUUUGCAAAUUUUUUGACGAUGAAAGGAGUGUUUAUCAUUGCCCAUUUUGCAAUAUAUGCCGUGUGGGACAAGGGCUUGGGAUUGAUUACUUUCACUGUAUGAAAUGUAAUUGUUGCCUGGGUUUAAAAUCUGCGUCUCACAAGUGCCUAGAGAAAGGUUUAGAAAUGAACUGCCCAAUUUGUUGUGAUGACUUGUUCACAUCAAGUGCAACUGUCAGAGCUCUACCUUGUGGACAUUACAUGCAUUCAUCUUGCUUUCAGGCAUACACUGUUGGUCACUACACAUGUCCAAUCUGCAGCAAAUCCUUGGGAGAUAUGGCGGUUUACUUUGGUAUGCUUGAUGCUUUGUUGGCUGCUGAGGUACUUCCCGAAGAAUACAGAGACCGCCACCAGGACAUACUUUGCAAUGACUGUGAUAAAAAGAGUGCUUCACGCUUCCACUGGUUAUAUCACAAAUGCCGAUUUUGCGGAUCAUACAAUACCCGGGUGAUCAAGACUGAGGCAACAAAUCCCAGCUGCCCUUAGUGUGUGCUUCAUUUGACAAUGGAAGCGCACAGAGUUUGUAAAUACUUGUAUAGUCAUUCCAAUUUUCCACUGGUUGAGUUUCAUUUUACACAUGAUGCAAGUGAGUUACUUCCACUGAGUAUGAGUUUGUCUUCCCGGAGAUAGAAGCACCAGAUCAGUUCCAUAGUUGUCAUGUACAGACAAACUUUCUUCCAAACAUGUUUUUUCAAUAGACACUUUAGCUGCUGCUCCUCCUUUUCUGCUUCUCUAGUUAAGAAAUUUACUUGAUUCACCCAUUGUGUGUGGAAUGAGACUAAUUAAGCUAUGCCAGCUUCUGUUAGAAUUUUUUUCUGUCUAAGUUAUGAUAUUUUAAGGAGCUUCCAUCAAUUUAUAACACUAUCAUUUUGAGAA